AUGGGCUGCAAGUUUGGGAAUUGGACGCAGAUGCGACAUGUGAUCUCCUACAGCUUGUCACCUUUUGAGCAGCGCGCCUUCCCGCACUACUUCCGUAAAGGAAUCCCCAACGUGCUGCGCCACACUCAGGAGUCCUUCCUUCGCGUAAUGCCGCCGUUUGUAGUGUUUUAUCUUAUCUAUACAUGGGGGACUCAAGAGUUCGAGAGAUCCAAGGGGAAGAAUCCAGCUGCCCAUGAAAAUGACAAAUGAGCAACACAUCCGGAUGAUGGUUCCCUGUCCCUGGAAGACCUUUCUCUGGAAGAGGAGUCUGCAUUACAGUGUCUUAACGACACAAUAAACUUCCUAUGGUCUGCAAAAGAAAAAGAAAAA